AUGUGCCUACUGGAACAAUUGAUACUGAUAAGCCGGCGGAACACCAUUCACAACAGGAGUCAGAUUCACAAUCAACAGAAAAUAAUUUAUCACAAUCAACAGAAUCUAUCAGACUUGCCAAGACCAAAUAAACGUCCUAGAAUUAAUCAAAAAGAUGAGAUGGUGUCCGAAGCACUGAAUAUUAUGAAGAAUAUCUCCGAACGACAAAAUGCCUCAAAGAUACUAGAAAAAGAUGAGGAUGGUUUGUUUGGAGAUUAA